GAUCGUUAAACCUUGGCUUUCACCUUUGCCUCGUUCUAUUUCUGCCUCAGACACUCAGGCAUCCAGGCAGGCAGAUUAUCCACAUUAUCAUGGCGCAGCGAGUAACUGGCCAGCGCUUUCGACAGCGCAAGCUUUCCACAAAGCAGAGCUUGCCAGUAUUGCGAGAGAGCGAAGUUGACGGUCUCGUCGAUGAUGAAGCGCAAAGGCAUGUCCCAAGAGUAGAAACUGGUGUUGAAAAGGCUGAAGAGACUGAACAUCAUCUGCAAGCUGUGAUAUCUGCUUCUGCCGCUGCUGCCGUGGGUGGCAAGGUUGCACAACUUUACAUACCUACUCCUGAUGUUGUGCAGAAUGAGAAGCAGUACGACAAGCUUUAUCCUAAAGCUUUCAAACAGCCUGCAACUUACAUUCGUACCUCCUCGACCGUUGAGGACGGAACGGGAUGUCCAUACACUGCGGACCACAGUGAUUUCGUAUUUCUGAAGGUUGCGAACCAGAGGAACGAAAAGUUGAAAUGCACCGUGGAUGAGUUCGAGAUAUUGAUGAAUUCGUUUGAAGAGACAGCUGCUUCGAAACAGCCUUAUGCUGCUGUCAGUAACGCUCCAGUACUUUCAUAUGACGACGUGGAAGCAGCGAUGAGCGACGAAGUUCCCGAGGAAGCUCGGACAUUCGCCAAAGUGGUAUAUGAGCAUUGGAAGUCAAGGAGGGUAGCGAACGGUAAUCGUUCAUUGUCACCAUCUUUGAAAUUUGAGACCAAUGUAGAAACGGACGACGCAGACCCCUAUGUUUGCUUCAGACGCAGAGAGGUCCGGCAGACACGGAAGACUCGCGGCCGAGAUGCACAAGCCACUGAAAAGUGCAAUACAUUAAGGUGGCAACUUGAGCAGGCUCGAGAUCUCAUGCGCAAGACUGUUAUCAAGGUGCAAACAGAUCAUAAGGCGCUUCUGCUCGAGCGAGACGUGUUCCUGCAAAGGAAGGCCGUCAGGGAGAUGAGACGAACCCUUAACAUUAAAGGCGACGAUGACGACCUCAUCAACCAGAAACCUGCACAGAAGCCCAAGCCCAAGGCCGAGCCGAAUAUGGCACAGCGUGGUGUACCAGGUUUGGGUGUGAAGACGCCCUUGCCACGUGCUGACGGUCGUCCUUUCGACUCCGAUCUUCUUUCCCUGCAAGACCAGAAGGCAAGAAAGAAGGAAUCGAUCACAUCGUUUAUCGAUGACAACUUGAACAAGCAUCAAGAUUGGAACAAGGGAUACGUCGAUAUGACUUGGCGACCAAUAACUCCUCCUUUAGAGCAAUCGUUGAAAUCCACAUUUAGGCCUGCAAUCGUAGUCGCAUUACCGACUCCACCCGCCUCCGAGGAAGGUGAGCCCAUGGACAUUGAUGAGACAACUGUAGGCAAACGUCGUAGAGAUUCUUUUGACGUGCAGUAUGAAACGUCUCGCGUUCCUCCCUGGGAAAAUCCAGAAAAGCGACCUUCAUUUCGGCGUCGUACUGGUCGUGGUGGCCGUGUCAUGAUUGAUCGCCGAGGCAUUCAGCGAGAUCGUGAUAAUGCCAAUGAGUUCUAUGCUCCGAGAGCCUACACUUCCCCGUCUCACAAAGAAAGCAAAUCGCUGUACCCUGGACAGCGGGCACUUAAGCGGUCGUUUGGCGAUCUAGAAAUGUACGAUCGACCUACGGCUAAGCGUCAGAUAAGCGACCAUGAUGCUCAUCGCACAUUCGACCGGUUUAAAUAUGAUAGAGACAGCGACGAGGACGAAGAGCUCUACGUUAUCGAUCCACAUUCGGACUCACAUAUGAAGUACAGAGUCCUCAUGGAGAGGUCAACUUCGACUCUUCAAUUACGAAGAAGUCAAGGCGGACAGCCACCUGGCCAUCAUCGAUCAGCGUCUGGGCAACACUUGAUACCUCCACCAGCCUGAGUAUUCUCUCAACCACCGAUUCCCAUCGUUUACUCGCAGGCGAAUGUAGUUUCGGUGAAGAAGACGAGUUCAAAGUCUCGAUUGCGAAAGGACAACCAGCCGCCUCGUAACUAUCGAUCGGCAUGUGGGCAAC